AUGUCUCUCCACACCUCCUACCACGCCGACUCCGAUGCGGACGAUGAGUACGAGCGCAGUGUCAUAACUUCACCACACCUCCACAUCGACUCGGAAUCUUCUCCCACGGACUCCUCUAUUCAUUCAUCCGAACACACCCCGACCAAAUUUGGACAUCCAAUCGAUGGUCCUCGCUCACCGCGAACACUCAUUCUAGAAUGGGGAAUCGACGAAUGCAAGGAAUUUCUGACAUCGCUUGGAUUACUGCAAUAUCACGGUACAUUUCGAGAGAAUGGGAUUGUCGGUGAAGCCCUGAUUGCCCUGAAGCAUGAGGAGUUGAAGGAAAUGGGCAUCAAUAGUGUGGGACAUCGCCUGACGAUUUUGAAAAGCGUGUAUGAAAUCAAAGUCAAGCAAGAUGUUCCCCUCGACGCAGACCAUUAUAUUCCACUUACGGCGGACCAGAGUAUGAAUGAAACUGCGACACAAGAGGAUCUCGCACGUUUAAUCAAAUCGAUCCAAGUUCGAGACGAAAAGCUCAUGUUGGUCGAAACUGAGUUGCGACGGAUUACAGACGAUUACCGGCGAUUGCGCGAAGAAAUUUUACCAGUGAUCAAAAUAGUAAAAGAUCGGUCACACCCAUUGCCUCCGCCCUCUUCGCAUGGGCAAUCCUCAGAAAACUGGCACGACAGCACGGCCACUCUCACGUCAACUCCCCAACCCACACUCACCCAGGAACUUUCUUCGUCGUCGAAAAUUGCGCGGGCUUUCUCCAAGCGCAUUCAUCCUAACGGUGCCACAUCCAAAAACAACUCGCCAACCCACCCUCCACCUACAGGCUAUGAUGGCCGCUCUCAUCAAGGCUAUGAUGGCCGCUCUCAUCACGACACCCUUAAUCCGUCAGCCGCUGCCUCGGCCGCCUCAUCCCAUUUGACAGCCUCAAUGAAUGGAGGGUCACAACUAUCACCUGGAAUUCCUUCCCCAACGUCGCCUCACCACCACCACGCUCACCCUCAGACACUCAAUCCACGAUCAUAUACCCAACCACUCUCCAGCGCGAACCGCAACACAGCCUAUGAUUAUGCCGAACAGACCCCGACGAUACAUUCCCGGGGAGACCGAUCCACCCCGAGUCAGCUUCCAUCAUCCCGCGCCGAGACACCUUCCACUGCAUCACGCCUUGACCCACGACUCGACAGGUCUGACUCACGGGGUGGCGGGGGCGGGGGCGGGGGCGGAGGCGGAGGCGGCAGCGAGAAUCCAAAUAGCGUGGAAAUCUUCAAGUCAUUCCGAGUCUCUUGGGAAGAUCCCUGCUACAAAGUGCUACCGGCUGCGCUUAAGAAAUACAACAUCAACUCUGACUGGAAGAACUACGCGCUUUAUAUUGUCUAUGGGGAUCAAGAGCGUUGUCUGGAAUUGCAGGAGAAACCCCUUCUCUUGUUCAAGCAGUUAGAAAAGGAAGGACGGAAGCCAAUGUUCAUGUUGCGGAAGAUACACAUGGACAACCCUUCAGGUACUCCAGGGCCUGGUGCAUCAGCACCUAACAGCGCUGGCUUCAACGGUGGCCAACAAGGACAAAUCAAUCUUCCAGGCGGCGUGCUUUGA